GAAGCUAGGUAAACAAACUGGGGGAGGAGUGAAAAUAGGCAGCAGGGACUUUGCAGGCUGUGGGCUUUCGGGGAAUCUUUUAUAUCGUUUAUAUUCAUUUUUUUUUUUUACAAUUUGUAGUUGUCUGUUUCCUACACACUUUUAAUACUUUGAUACUCCGACCUCGACACUUUUUUGAACAGCUGAAAUUCGCCUGACUUUGUUGCAACGGGGCUAACAUUAGUUAGCUUGUUACCGUCGGCAACAAAUAACGUAAACGUCAGUUGCCUACUUCGCAAGGUUUGAUUUGAAGAACCAGCAAAUACAAAAACGAACAAAUUGUUCUCGUGUUUUAGCUUAUAUAUAGCAAUACUUGUUGAGAAACAAUAUAGUAGUCAACCUGUCGCCCGUUCAAAAAUAAUUCUGCCCCAGUCGCUAACAGUAUCAUACCAACACGUAUCGUUAGCCUCAGCAGAAUGACGGCAGUGCAGCUGAUUAAUAUCCAGAGGUUAUUGGAAGCUGCGGAAUAUCUAGAAAGAAGAGAACGAGAAUGUGAACACGGAUAUGCCUCGACGUUUCCAGCUAUUCAGAACACAAAUUACCAGAGACAACGGAAGUUUCGAAACAAAAAGUACAACAACAACCACAACAGGUCCACACACAACGAGCUAGAGAAGAACCGGCGAGCCCACCUCCGACUGUGUCUGGAGCGAUUGAAGGCUCUCAUCCCACUGGGCCCAGACUGCAACCGUCACACCACCUUGGGCUUGCUCAACAAAGCCAAAGGACAUAUUAAGAAACUUGAAGAGGCGGACCGGCGGAGUCAGCACCAGCUGGAGUGUCUGGAGCGCGAGCAGCGGCACCUCCAGAGGCAGCUGGACCUGCUGCAGGGCGGCGGCGGCGUGCUGGUCUCGUCCCCCUCGCCCUCCUCCUCGCCCUGCUCGGCCGGCGGCGAGGGAGAGCGGAUACGCAUGGACAGCGUGGGGUCCACCCUGUGCUCCGACCGCUCGGAUUCCGAUCAAGAAGAGAUUGAGGUGGAUGUGGAGGGCACCGAGUUCUCCCAUGGCGAGCUGGACAGUGCCAGCACGGCCAGCACCAGUGACCUGGACGACCACAGCAGCCUGCAGAGUGUGGCCAGUGACGAGGGCUACUCCAGCUGCAGCGUCAAACUGGCCUCCUAGAGACUCCCCAACCACCACCCCCCCCACACACACACACACACGCACAAAUACACCACCAACCAGCCGCCCACCACUAUUCUCCUCCGACUCCACGUCCUGCUUCUCCUCGUCACCUCCACCGCUACCCUCUGUCUGCCCAUGUCCCCACUCCCAUGGUCCCACGCUCCCCAGCCCGCACUCCAGACCCAACCUACAGACUCAACUCUGGCUCUAUCCCUGCGGAAAAAGGCCACCAACACCACCACCACUAGCCCUCCCAUCCUAGCAGGAAGGUCUCAGCAGCCUCCCUCCUCUCUACACCCUACUGGAAAAAUCAUCUCGGGCAGACCGGUGACGAGUGUGUGUUUGUGGCUGCACGAGAACCUGUGCUCAAGGGUGUGUGUGUGUGUGUGUGUGUGUCGCAUGAGGAGCGUUGCGAAAAGCACUCAAAAAUGGGGGGAUUUGUACGAUGUCAUUGCAUUUUUUGUGUUGCAUAUGGCCUUCGAUGUGCGCCUCUUAAGCUUCAGAAACACACCGAAAGCCACCAAAGCACUUCCUGCUGUGUGUUACGAGCAAGGAAUGGGGUUUGGGAGUAGAUUCUUGAACAAAGGCUUUUGACGUGUCCACCACAAAAAAAGCCCACCUCAUCACCUUGUUAGGUUUGGUUUGAAUUCGCAACUGCAGUGGGCAUAUAGGAAUUUUUAUACUUGUGUGGUUUUGAAACGGAGAGUACAAGACGUCCCAUCGAAUUCAAGAUUCACGUAUGUACUGAAAAUAAAGACCAAAAAAAAAAUACAAGCACUUAAAAUCGAAACCUGUUACUCUAGGGUUUUUCAUUUCAAGCUCAGUCUUAUUGUUAGUCAUCGUGUGAAUCCUGAACUGACAACCUUUCGUCAACGUCGGCCCUGUUUUUCAUCUGCCGACAAGACCACGAACAAGUAGAAUUUUUCGGAAUGCAUUGUAGUGUGUACGUGUGUUUGGUUUUGUGGGGGAGCGGGGACUUGCAAAAGCGUAAUUUGCCAUAUCAACAAUUGUUUUGGGGCCCGCUUCUCUUGCUUCCGUGUUUAUUGUUUAGAUGGUGUUUUUUGUUCCUUUUUUUGCUGUUUUUUUCCCCCCCAGUUUUUGUUUUUAUUUGUACCGGCCGUUGGCUGGCACAAACGUCGUCAUUGGUGCUAUGUGAACACCUGAGGCCCGGGUCGCUGCCCUGCAGCACCUCACCGCCCACCAAAAACAAGCACUCUCAGUCCAGCCCCGCCCUCCCCUCUCCCCUCUGGUGUUAUUGGGGUGUAUUGGGGGAGUGGCGUCCAACCCAAAAGCAGCUACCGCCACCACCACUUCCUCUUCUCCUCUCUGCACUUGCUUACAAAGUAGGUGUCCAUAGCAACUGGCUCAAUAUUUAAGGAAAAAAAAAAGAAAAUGGAAAAUAAAAAAAAAUCUGAAAAAGAGAAGGACAAAAAAAGGACUUUUGAGUAGACAACCCUUCUAGCAGUAAGAAGCAAUAACUCCUGUAGUGAUCUCUCUCUCUCUCUCUCUCUCUCUCUCUCUCUCUCUCUCUCUCUCUCUCUCUCUCUCUCUCUCUCGACAAUUUGGAUUUCUUUUCCAGAGAUACAGACCCAAAGUGUCCGUCCAGUAAGCAGAUCUGACUUGCUUAUGAAUAAUAUUUUUAUUUUGUACAUACAUACAGAUAGUUUAAUAAUAAAAAAUAAAGAUUUUAAAUGAAGGAAUGUGGAGUUUUAAAAAAAAAAAAAAAGGAAAAAAAAUGGUAGGAACACAUUGAUCCCCUCUGGUAGACCUGUUGCCUCUGUUGCUGUUUGGUCCUUGCUAUUUGAACUGUUUUUUGUGUCCGCUGUGUGUAUGUUAAAUUAUAUUUUCUCUAAUACAGAUGGCCAUGGGCCAGACAUUGUGGCAUGGACAGUGUUACUUUGUUCGUUUUGCUGGUUGAAAGGUUCAAAUGUUUCCACUCUGUAGCCAGACCAAAAGAAGGCAUACAUACACACACACAGUUUUCAAUUUUCUUUCUCUGGGAGGGGAGGAAACUGAAAUAUACGGUCCACACCAAACCAAAGUGGAGAUUAAAAAUUUGAGAUAAGGUUCCAUGCCAGCUUAUGAGAGGCUUUGUGAAACUUACAUCUCCUAUGGAGCUGUCUAGUUUCUCAUUCUUGGAGAUUACGUUGAGGUCGGUGGAGAGUUUGAAUGUCUAUGGCAAGGUAAACUCAUAAAAAAAUUGUAAUUAAUAUCACUGAUGCCUUGUUUAUCUGUUCUGCGAAGGAACCCAGCAUACACGUGUCACAAAGUCGAAUCCAAAGUAAACUGAAUAUGAGGAAUUCAAUCUAAUGUCCUCUGGAACUUGAUCUCAAAUUUUAGCCCUUGGUGGAAGACCCUUAUUUUUACACUGAAGACAUAAUUAGUUAUGAAAACUCCCUUCCCUCCCCACAUUCACAAAAGUGUAUUUAUUUGAUCAGUUAAUUUUUUUCCUUUUCUGUUUUGGUUAGUUCAUUUUAUUUUCAAGGUGACAUGCAUUCCACUGUCAUUUAGUGCAUAAGGUGUAUUUUAUUCACAUAUUUUAAAAAGCUUCUGGGCCGAACUGUUUUCUUUUCCUACACCUUCUCUUUUAUUUAAUCAACGUGCACUAGUUGGUGUCAUGCUCUGCUGUAAGCCGUUCUUCAGUGCUUUCUCUUGCCGCUCAGUCAAGAAGCCAUAAAUGCUCUGUGAUUGAGAAUUGUCCAUAUUUAUUUUUGUCCUUCUUGCAAUAACACAAAAAAAGCAACAAAAAAAAUCUAAUUUAUUGGUUUGUUUCUCUGUAAUUUUAGUGUCACCUCUUUUUUUGAUUCUUUAAAUGUCACUUUUUCUUUUCGUUUGCAGAAUUUGGUUAUUUUAAUAUAUUGGAGGGGCAAAAAAAAACAACAACAAACGUUUUGUAGCCAUUUUAUUUAUUGAAUUCCCACCCCUCCAUUCUGUUGCUGAUAUCUGGUGCUUGAAAUGUCAUCAGCCCAGAAUGAGAUUCCUUCGUGUCAGGGUAGCGACCUGUCUGUAAAAAGCUACAUCCAAUUCAGUCCUUAUAGUCCAGUGUAGUCCAUGUGGAUUGUCCUUUUAAGGUCAUGUUAACAAGAGGCUUCAGAGGCAACAUGACUUGUUUUUAAGGUGUCAGUAUUUGCAAUCAGCGAAACACUCCACUGGCGAGAAGACCUCGUAUGAGUGCAGCUGCCUUUACUGCGUGUGUGUUAAGUCAUUAUCACUGUUGUCAAUGAAGCUUGAUCUUAAAGAAGAGAAUUGGAAAUGUGAUGUCAGGAUGUUGUGGUGGCCUCGUACGGCUCUGAGAAGAAGCUCUCUCUCUCUCUCUCUCUGUCUCUCUCUCCCUCUGUCUCUCUCUCUCUUUCUUUCUCUCCCUCUCUGUUUUGGCCGAUGAGAAGAAUCUAACUUUUAAAGAAGAACAUAGUAAUAAUAAAUAGUAAAAGAUGUUUAAAAGUGGUGCUCUUCUUCAGCAAAUGGCCAAACCUGUGGCGAGACUCCUCGCCCCCUCCUUGUGUGCACUAUAGCCUACCUGCCACCGAGGAGGGGCUGUUUCUUUUCCGCUCGUCAUCUCUUAUGACUCCAUUCUUUUUCUCUUUUCUGUUGUUACUUUUGUUUUGUUUUCAGAGUAUUGCGUUGUUCUAUUUUUUUCUCUCUCUCUCUGAAAUCUGCACUAUGAUAAAUGUGGGGCCCAUUGUAAUGACAGUGUUCCUCCGAUGACGCCACACCAAAACGCGUUGGGCCCGCCGCCCGUAUCCUGGCGACCACCGAGUCGCCCAGGGAUGAAGGACUGAUCCAAGGUGGCAGAUGGGAUUGGCUACAGCCUGUAUUCAGCCUGCCGGUGUUGGCUUGGAAUUCACUGAGAAGGGAGAGCGGGCUGUCAAUUAAAUAAAGCUAUUCCACCCUGGAA